CCUCCGAGCGAGAGGUUAACGCGAUCGGAAUAAUGGAGCCGCGGAACGAAAAGGAAGAAGGAGAGCGACUCGAAGAAGCGAUGGGAGGGUUUGAAGAGAGUAAAGAGAAAUCGGCGGAGAUGAGCCGUAAGGAGAAACGAAAAGCGAUGAAGAAGAUGAAGAGGAAGCAGGUGAGGAAGGAGAUAGCGUCGAAAGAGAGAGAGGAGGCGGAAGCCAAAUUAAACGAUCCGGCGGAGCAGGAGAAGCUGAAGGCGAUUGAGGAAGAGGAGGAGCGGAAGAGAGAGAAGGAGCUGAGAGAGUUCGAGGAGAGUGAGAGAGCUUGGAGAGAGGCUAUGGAGAUUAAGAGGAAGAAAGAGGAAGAGGAAGAAAGGCGUUGGAAGGAGUUAGAGGAGUUGAGAAAGCUUGAGGCUAGUGGGGAUGAUGAAUGUGGUGAGGAUGAUGAUGGUGAAUAUGAAUAUAUUGAAGAAGGGCCUCCAGAGAUUAUAUUCCAGGGUAAUGAGAUCAUUCUGAGGAAGAACAAAGUGAAGGUUCCAAAGAGAUCUGUAGCUCAGGUGGAAGGAAAUGAGAUUGCUGACAGGCCUACAUCGAACCCUCUACCUCCGGGAACAGAAGCUUUUCCAAAGAAUCAUAAUGUUAGCUCUGCUCAGCAGAUUCUGGAUAGUGUUGCACAGGAAGUACCCAACUUCGGAACUGAGCAGGAUAAAGCUCAUUGUCCUUUCCAUUUAAAGACUGGAGCUUGUCGGUUUGGCCCGCGUUGCAGCAGGGUUCAUUUCUACCCGGAUAAAUCGUGCACUAUACUUAUGAAGAACAUGUAUAACGGUCCUGGCAUUGCUUGGGAGCAGGAUGAGGGGCUUGAGUAUACAGAUGAGGAAGCUGAACAAUGUUACGAAGAAUUUUAUGAAGAUGUUCAUACGGAGUUUCUGAAGUAUGGAGAACUUAUUAAUUUCAAGGUAUGUAGAAAUGGCUCAUUCCACUUGAAGGGAAAUGUGUAUGUACACUACAGAUCAUUGGAAUCAGCUAUGCUUGCCUACCAAUCCAUCAAUGGUCGAUAUUUUGCUGGUAAACAGGUGAACUGCGAAUUUGUAAACAUCUCAAGAUGGAAAGUCGCCAUAUGCGGGGAGUUCAUGAAGUCGAGGCUUAAAACUUGCUCUCGUGGAUCUGCUUGCAACUUCAUCCAUUGUUUCCGAAACCCUGGUGGAGACUAUGAAUGGGCUGACUUUGACAAACCACCUCCGAGAUUCUGGAUUCGCAAAAUGGCCGCUUUAUUUGGUUAUUCAGAUGAAGACUUGAAGCACAUGGAGCGUGAAUAUUCAGGGUCGUUGAGUGAGUUUAGAUCAGACCAACCAUCAGAUUCACAGAGGCAAGCUUCAAGAAGAUCUAGAUCGAGGGACCAUGAUCAUGUGAACGUUGGAUCUAAACCUUCUUAUAGGAGCCGUAAGAAUCAUGGUGAUACUCGGGACAGCUCUCGUGGACACAAACUUAGUAGGCAUGAAGAGAACUGUCAUGGAAGUCCUAGCAGUACUAGAGACGGUAGUUUAGAGAGGGAGAUUUAUAAAGAGCAACGGCAUGCUAAAGAGACAUCGCGUCAUGAAAGCAAAUGGUCUGAACACUCUCCUACACAUCGGGGGAUGAGGAAAAGAAUCCACGAGAGCUAUUCCGAUGAUGAUUCAGGAGAUGACGACGGCAAGGGAGAGACGGAUCACAAACGGAAAAGCUCAAGGCGUUAUGGCAGAAGAGAAUCAAAUUCAGAAGUUCAAGAACGGCUGGACGAUGAAGAGGACACGAGGUGCCAUUGGUCUAGUUCUGACAGGAGGUCAAGGAAAGAAGAUCACAGGGAAGGAUCAUUAGGUGAUCAGGAGGAGAGUCAUGCAGUUGGUGAAAAGUCGCAGAGGGAAAGAAGCAGCUCAAGACAUUCGCACGAGGGAGACUCGAGUGGAAGUAGACAUCGUCCGCAUAAAAGAUCAGACCUUAGAGACAAGGACGGAAAUGAGAGGAAAAGAAGUGUGGAGACCAGUCCACGAGAUAAAGAUAGGGACAAGAGCAAGCAGAGACGUAGAUACAAGACCGGUGAUCCUGAUUAUGAUCGAAGCAGGAAUGGAAAGAGAGAGAAUGUAAGUGGUUCAUCAAGUGAUGAGAAGAGAGAAGAAAGACACAAAGAGAGAUCUGGUAGUAGCCAUAGGAAACGAAGAAGGUCAUCACACGAGCAGACUCCAAAGGAACCAGAGGAGAUUGAGCGUUGGAGACCAAUAUGAUCGAUCAUCUUUCAUCAUCUCUUUAUUUUAUCUCCUUUGUAUUUCAUCACAUGUUUGAGUUUUUUUUAGGCGAGAAUUAAAUGAAGUUUUACGUUAAAAAUAAAUAAUUUUAAAGAUAA